AAGCGUGGCUGAGCGCGGUGACGUCACGACGCAGCCGCGCGGGGCGGAAGGCGGCGGGCAGUUGAGGAGAAAGAGGUGAAUGGGCGUCGAGCGGCGGGUUGAUUGAAUCACCCUUCAUCCAUGAGCGUCUUGCUGGUGGAGGCUUUUUACGGUGGCUCUCACAAGCAGCUGAUUGACCUCCUUCAGGAGAGCGUAGAUGACUGCGUGACCUAUUCUCUGCCUGCUAAGAAAUGGCACUGGAGGGCCAGAACAGCUGCCCUGUACUUCAUGCAGGCUAUUCCUAGCAGCCCCUCAUACAGGAUUUUGUUUACCAGUUCGGUGCUUAAUCUUGCUGAAUUGGUGGCCCUGCGACCAGACCUCGCCUCAUUGAAGAAGAUCCUGUACUUUCAUGAAAACCAACUCAUCUACCCAAUGCGUAAAAGCCAAGAGAGGGACUUUCAGUAUGGCUACAACCAGAUUCUGUCAUGCUUGGUCGCGGACGUGGUGCUGUUCAACUCAGCCUUCAACAUGGACUCCUUCCUGUCCUCUAUCUCCACCUUCAUGAAAACCAUGCCUGACCACCGGCCCAAAGGCCUGGACCAGCUCAUCCGGCCCAAGUGCAGAGUGCUGUAUUUCCCCAUCCGAUUUGCCGAUGUCACAAGAUUCCUGCCUGAACACAAGCUCCAGCUGAGGCAAACCCAGUCUCUGCAUACCAGCAGCUCUCAGGAUUCCCCAGACCUCUAUGAGAUAACAAAAGCAAGGUGUCAAAAUGAGCCCCAUAUGAAGAAACCAAGUGAGGAGGGACCACUGCAAGAAAAUGACAUGGAAGAGAUGGCACAUCAUCUAACAUUCAGCCAAUGUGUUGACCGAGAGCCAAGGAUGCCACGACCUCUCCACAUAGUCUGGCCCCAUCGGUGGGAACAUGACAAAGACCCUCAGCUGUUCUUCCAGACCUUGCUGAAGCUGAGAGAGCGGGAACUGAACUUUGAAGUGUCUGUCCUCGGGGAAACGUUUACCGACGUGCCAGACAUCUUCGCCGAAGCCAAAGAACAGUUGGUCAGCCACAUCCGGCACUGGGGUUUCAUGCCCAGUAAGGAGGACUACCUCAGAGCGCUGUGCCAAGCAGAUGUCGUCGUUUCUACGGCCAAGCACGAGUUCUUCGGCGUGGCCAUGUUAGAAGCAGUCCACUGUGGUUGCUACCCUCUGUGCCCGAAAGCUCUCGUCUACCCAGAAAUAUUCCCUGGUCCGUAUCUGUACUCAACACCUGAACAGCUUUGUAAGAAGCUUCAGGGUUUCUGUAAGCAUCCACACCUAGUUAGACAGCAUGUUGUUCAGGUGAAUACUAGCACAUUUUCCUGGGACUCCUUGGGAGAGGAAUACAGAUCGCUGCUAACGGCAGGUCCCCCCAGCUCUUCAUAACUGACGUAUACUCAGGAUGCCACAAUAUCUGAAAGAACCUCAGGCAUGACUAUGGCACACUCUUUCAGAAAGCUUGGCAGGAUAUUUCGACGUGCCGUGCUAUUUUAAACCAUUUUUAGGUGUAUUUUCAUAUUUUUACUACAGGCACACCAAUCCUCAUCUACAGUCUCCCCCAGUACCUGUAGUCAGACUGAGCACUAGGGGUGGGAAAUAGUCAAUAUAGUUACUUGAACCCUCCUAACAUUGACAAAAUCAUGUCAUAAACAUGUUGUGGUAGAUGUCAUAUGCUGUCAUGCAUUGUGAUUUUAGUCAGUGAUAUAACAGCAUCAUGUUACUAUUGCUGGUAAUUGUCAUGACAGAGGCCAUGAUGUUUUGAGGGUAGUAAUAAAUGAAAACUCACAGCAGCAUAAGACAUCUCAUUAUGUGUUUAUGCAAAUAUAUUGAUGUGCUUUAUUAUUUUUUCAAUAUGUCACAAUAUGCUUUUUUAUUGUGGUUAUCAUCAGUAUUUAAAGAAUAUUGACAAGCUGCAUGUUUCAUUGCAAAUAUAGUGUAUUUGGUCCUCUUUAAUUGGAGAAAUGUUGAAUAAAAAUCAUUAAAAAGUGUAAAAAAAUGUGGAGUAAAUGUGUUUUAUUGCCAGUUUUUAAAUGUGAGAUUUUGACUAUUAGUGUCAAAAUAUCGGAAUAAAUAUCAGCAGUGGCGAACUGUAUCUGUUGGUGCUGUGCUUUCAGUUUUGGCCACAAAGAUCAAGACUUGAUCCAAACAUUGUCAAGAUUGGCCCCUUCCAGUCCUGUCCAUGUGUUUGUGUUGUUUUGGUUUAGCCCGUGUUCUUUGUUUUGGUUUUGUAGUCCAGCCCCCUUGUUUAGUGACUCUGCCCCUGAUUGUUCCCACCUGU